UCAACUUGCAUCAGUUUUCAUCAAGAAACAACAAGCAAAUACACAGGAUGUGGAACAACAGCUGCUGCUUUAUUUCUUCUCUGGUGAGGAAUACUGGUUGGUUUUUCUACUUGAUAAUUUUAGAGUUCAAAUAAACACCAGUAAGUUGAUAUUGGAAAUUUCUAACAAGAAAGCUUUAAUUUUCCUCUGCUGUCUGUAGAGAAACGUGUGCAUUCAUGCUGGUGCUGUUUAUGCAGGGGAGAUCAAGCCAUGGCUGGUUUGCUCUUAACGCAAACACUUGGCCACGGAGCCUCCUUUGCCAGUUGGUGCCCACCCCGUGCACUCCAAUGCACUGCCCUAAAUAAGGUGUUUUAUUUCUCCCCUCAACCUAAAGUCCACAUGGAAACCUUGUAAGUUUCUCUUUUUAGACUUACUUUCCUUUUUUUCUACUUGUUUUUGUGUGGAAAAUCCCAGUAAAGGUAAUGGUAAAUGUCUUGCCAUUCACAUGACCAUGGAAAAUAAGUCUGCUAAGGCCUAACUUACACGGUAGCUGUGCAUGAUGUUUAGCUGGUGUCUGAGAGAACAGUUUAUGUUUAGGCUGAUAACCUUUGUUUUAAUAUCUUCUCUUUUUAGCAUAUAAGGUGUAUGGUUCAUAAGUGCUUUCUGAUUUUUUAGUGGUAUGAUCUAUUUUCUGCAAGCUAAUUUUGUACUGCUCUACACUGUGUUACAAGUACACAAAAGCGUUAUUAGUUUUGAGCUUGGCUGGGAAGCAGGAAAGGAACAGCUUAUUGAUUGCUAAAUGAAAAUGCAGAAAUGCAAGCAGGGAAAAUGUGCAAUAAUUUGUCAAACCUUGAGGACCUCACUUGGCUCCUGAGAAGCUGUAGAUAAUGGAUCAGUGGGGAAGAUAACACUGUUCAUAAUACUGAAAUACUCUGGUUUCUGUGUUUCUAUGAAGGUAAGGUGGUGGCAUGUGCAGAUUGUGUGCUCAGAUGACUGCCUAGUCACCUUCUGUGACAAACAGGUCCCUUUCUAUAGCAAGAGUCAUUUGGAUCUGUAGGGGUGGGCAAAAUAGGGGCUCCAAAAAGCAAAGCAAUUCCUGCAGAAAAAUCUGAAAUUUAAGACUUAACUACUUGUGUUAUUUUCAGAGCAUAAAGAACUGAUAUUGGAGGUGUUUAUGUAUUCAUUACAUGAUGGGAAACCAUGACAUAUUCAUCAUCAUAUCAGCACCAAAAUACUAAUGAAAUUUCUGUGACAAUCAGCUGGAAUGUUCCCCUUUUUAUACACCUCAUCCUUUUGCCAUUCUUUGUUGCUGCAAAUGUGAUUUGAAGCAAACCUGAGUUUCCUGUGCUAUGAACUGUCAUGAGCCCCAGAGGCAGGCAGGGGCAGAGUGGCCGAGGCUGGUGGGAGGAGGUGGUGCCUGAGCAGUUGGGAUCCGAGGAGGAUGCUGGCAUUGCCUGCCAAAGGUGACUUUCCUGGAACACUUGGAGACUUUGACAGCAGUUCUGAGACCACCCAUGCCUCCCAGGCCAGCUCUGUAAGUAUUCCACCCAGCAACAAGGAUGCCAUGGAGCUGCUCUGGCUCUGUGUCAGAGCAUUUUAGCCUCAGAAGAUUGAGGCCCUUGUUCUUUGCUCUCCCCACCCUGCAAUGCCCUGCCACCCUGCACAGUGAGGGGAGAGCAGAGCCCUCAAAUGGGCUGCUUGGUCUUGGGCUGAGCUGCCCCAAUGGCUCCUGUGUUAUUUCCUGUGCCUCGGGAUGGCCAGCCCGAGGGAAGGCAUUCCAGGAGCAUCCUCGUGGCCUCUGGGAAGGGCUCACCAAUAACUGCUUGUGUGUGUGGUGACCUGGCAGGGUCCUCAUGGCUCUGCUUAGCUGCCUAUGGGGUUUUAGGCACAAGUUUGGGAGGGUGGAGCUGCCUUUGGGAGGAGGUGUGCUCCUGGAGCCAGAGAGAGGGAGGCUCUGCUGGGCUUUGCACUCUCUGCACAGCUGCUCUUGUGAGGGACUUUUUUUUUUUUUCUUCUUUUUUUUUCUUACCUGACUGAAAAAAAAAUUAUUAUACCAGUGACAUUUCUGAGUUGUUUUGUGCUUUGAAGAGUCCUAAGGAUUCCUGCUGAUGCUUUUCCUGAGGGAAGCCAUGCCCUACCACAGAGUCCUUCGCCUGGUCCUGCUAACGCUGUGCAGCAUCCUGGUCCCUGCUGUGCUGGCAGAGUACCCGCAGGACCCGGUCCCCACCUUCUGGAACGAGCCGCCCGAGCUGCCCUCUGGAGCCGGUCCCUUCGACGCUGCUGCCACCACCACCGCCCGGCUGUCGGAUGCCACUGCCUUCCCCCCGUACACCUCCGAGCUGGAGCCCGAGGACACCACCCACCUGCACCGGCUGGACACCGGGGACGGCUCACUGGGGCCUGGAGCUAUUGGUGCCAUUGUCAUCGCCUCCCUCCUGGGUACAUCUGUGCUUGUGGCCUUGGUUGUCAUCACACUGAGAAAGUUCUCGGCCUCCUGAACUCAAUAAAACAUUUUUGUUACACAA